AGGUUAGUCUGAGAGUAUGAGCAUUGAUCACUCCUGUAACCCCAAACAUGUAUCAACUGAUAUCUCAGAAUGCUAUUCUAAAGUUUGAUUGUUGCCAGUCGAAACACUGGGUGAAUUGUUAAGAUAUUGCACGGCAAUUUAAUAUUAUUUUAUAAUGGCAUAAAAUUUGAAUAUCAAAUCAUCUUUCCUUUUUGUAGGCCCAGAGACAUGGGAAUUAUCUCCAGGGACCAGAGUUCUCUGUUGCUUGGAGACAAAGUAAACAAAGCAAGGCUUGCAUUGCACCGUCCGCAGCGCACGUCGGGCUCCAGAGUUUCGUCAAUGUGCUUUCUUCUCAGCUGAAAAUGGAUGAGCUAAUCUCCUCGUAACUCCUCCUGGUUUUAUUUACAAGCUUCUCGGAAAGGUCUUAUGUAUAAUUCACAUAAACAGAGAUGGAACAGCGCUCGGGAAAGACGGCUAGAUCUGGGGAGUGCAUUCUGGUCUUCUAACUCCAUUGAAUUGAAAAAGACAUUGCUCUGAGGCAGGUGAACCGAACGAGGACUGCACCAUGGUGAAAGGGAAGAAGCAGGCCCAGUCUAAGGGGAGGAAGAUCACCCUGAAGGUGGCUAGGAACGCAAUGAAGAUGACAGUGGACGGUAAGCGGCGGCUGGACCUCAGCAACAUGCAGAUCGCCACCUUCCCAAAGUGCAUCCUGAAGCUGGCCGACGUGGAGGAGGUGGACCUGAGCCGCAACCUCCUGCGUCGGAUCCCGGACACCAUCGGCCGGUUCGUCAACCUGCGCUGGCUGGACCUCCACAGCAACCAGCUGGAGCAGGUUCCCCCGUCCAUAGGGCAGCUCCAGAACCUGGCCUACCUCAACCUCUGCAACAACCGGCUGGGCCCGGGCAGCCUGCCCGCCGAGAUGGGCCUCCUGAGGGCCCUGCGCAAGCUCAACCUGGGGCUCAACCGCAUCGAGAGCCUCCCGCCCUUCUUCGCCGCCCUCAGGGAACUGCGGGAGCUGGGGCUCUUCAACAACAUGCUGAUCGGCGUGCCCCUCUGUCUCAAAAACCUGCCCAAGCUCGAGAGGGUCAACAUGGAUUGCAACCCCAUCCGCCCGACCGACCGGACCAAGGACCUGGACCCCAUCCGGAGAGUCAGGUCCCUGUACCUGGUGCAGGAGGACUGCCUGUGCGGGGACUGCCUGGAGAAGUGCACCGAGAGGAGGAGCUACCUGGAGAAGAGGCAGAGCGAGUGCGUGACUCACAGGAAGGCGCACUUCUCAGGCCUGCUCACACCGAACUCUGUGGCCAUGCAGGACCAGGCGCUGUUGAGGUGAGAACCCUCACCGUCAACUCUUCCAAGGCUACGUGUGUCAGUACGGAAAGAAAUCGGUCACGCGGACGUCCAUUUAUCACUUUGAUAGAAUAUAAAUAUGUGGUAAAUUAACUAGAGAAUUAGGAAACUGGAGAAAAUUAGAUAUUCCGCAUAAGUAAAUUAUGAAAUGAAAAGUUUAUUUUGACCUGCUAUAAACCUAUAAAGCUAUGGAUAAUAACCUCCGAAGUUAUGGAAAAUAAGAACAAUAUCUGCUUAGCUUUUGAACUGCCACUAGGACCAUGAACAGAUAUGUCUGAAAUGAUCUUCAAGAACACUAAGAACUGUAUUAGUAUGCAGUUGCUGUAAAAACCAAUCAUCAUCAAAUUAUCUGUUCAGCACUUUGAAAUCUUUACCACAGCCUAUUAACCUACAGUAAUGAAUGGUGUUGCAGUAUGCUGUCCCCGAAUCACUGUAACUGUUUGACUAAAGUCUGCUUAGUUUUGUUCAUUUUUCUGUAUACAACUGUUUAAUUAUAGCAAUUCACUUCAAUACAAUUGACAGGCCUGUC